AUGGCACUUUUUACAGCCAGAGCAAGUAGGGCAUCGGUGCUCCGGAAGCCCUUUCUUUCUCUUCCACAGACAACCGCCCGCACUUUGACCACCCGAGCAACCUCGUAUACACUCAACACCGGUGCUAAAAUUCCAGCGCUUGGAUUUGGCACAUUCCAGGAUCCCGAUUCUCAGGAAGAUACCGUUAAUCGGGCCUUACAGAGGGGUAUGCGCCUAAUCGACACAGCUCGGGUCUACAAUGUCGAAGAGCAAGUCGGAAAGGGAAUUAAGAAGAGCGGGGUCCCCCGGGAAGAUAUUUUUCUCGGUACAAAGUUGUGGUGCAAUGAUUACCACCCUGAAGACGUGGAGCGUGCUUUGGAUGACUCGCUGCGAGACUUGGACACCCCAUACGUGGAUCUUCUUUUGAUGCAUUACCCUUGCACCUUCCAGCGGGGACCAGAUCGAUUUCCUAGGGAUGCCGAUGGUAGGAUGAUUGCCGGCGAGACCACCUACCUGGACACGUGGAAAGCGAUGGAAAAACUGACCAAGACCGGUAAGGUCAAGUCCAUUGGAGUUUCCAACUUUAGCAAAGGUGAAAUCGAAACUUUGGUCAACGAGUCUUCCACGAUCCCGGCUGUUCACCAAAUGGAGGUCCACCCAUAUCUGCAACAGAAAGGAUUCAACGAAUGGCUGCGCACAAAGGGAAUUCAUGUUGUCCAGUUUAGCCCUUUGGGUAAUAUGAACGAUUUCUACAGACAGACUGGAUGGUCAAAGGACGUUGCGCACAUGAUGCGUGUCAUUGACCAACCCAUUCUAAAGGAGAUAGGAGAAAAGUACGGCAAGAGUGCUGUGCAGGUGGUGCUCGCUUGGGGUAUCAACAGCGGCCGCUCUGUUAUCCCAAAGAGUGUCGUUGAUUGGCAGAUUGAUCAGAACUUGGAAGCAGAUUUUGAGUUACAGCCCGAGGACUUGGCCCAGAUUGCUACCUUGGAUGCAAAAGCUCGCUUCAAUGAUCCUAGCUUGGACUAUGAAUGGCGCUUAUACAGUGACCUGGAAGGUAUUGAUGGCACCGUGAGAGGACGAACCCACUAG